CAGACCACCACCCCACAUCCUCCUGUCCCUGUCAUCUUCCUGUGCUGACCCCCAGUUCUCUUGCACAUUGAGGAACCAGCCAUGCCCAGGGGGGGACACCAUCGGGGGCACCUCCCCUCAGCCCCUUCCCACCCAGCCUGGGAGACCUCUCCUUGGCCUUCACCGCUGCCGUGCCAGGACAUGGCCCUGCAAAACGCGCUCUACACUGGGGACCUGGCCAGGCUGCAGGACCUCUUCCCACCUCACAGCACAGCUGACCUGCUGCUGGAGAGCCGGGCCGUGGAGCCUCGCUGGAUCAGUCACCAGAGGGCUGCUCUUCCUGCCUGCCUGCUCAUGAGCUGGACCCCGGAUCAAUGCCGGGAGCAGGGGCAGCCCCUGGUUGACAGACAAGCCCUCUGUGCCAGGCUGGUGGAAAGGCCCGGCGGAGGUUCCAAGGAACACCCGGACUCCAGCCCGGGACCCAUCGCCAUCCGCACGGCCUCAGGACCCACCCUUGCCUUCUGGCAGGCAGUGCUGGCAGGGGACACGGGCUCUGUCUCCCGCAUCCUCUCAGACUCCCAUACCAGCCUGGCUCCUGACUGCGUCUUUGAUACCAGCGACCCAGAGGGAUGGAGGGAUUUCCGCUACAACAUCCGUGCUCUGAGACUCUGGUCCCUGACUUACCAGGAGGAGCUGACCACCCCGCUGCAUGUGGCCGCUAGCCGUGGCCACACGGAGGUUCUGCAGCUACUGCUGCGGCGGCGGGCACGGCCUGACAGCGCCCCGGGAGGCCGCACCGCCCUGCAUGAGGCCUGCGCUGCGGGUCACACCGCCUGUGUCCACGUGCUGCUGGUGGCAGGCGCUGACCCCAACCUCCCUGACCAGGAUGGGAAACGCCCCCUGCAUCUCUGCAGAGGGCCUGACACCCUCCAGUGUGUGGACCUGCUGCUGAGGUUUGGGGCGCAGGUGGAUGGGCAGUCUGAGGAGGAAGAGGAGACCCCUUUGCACACAGCUGCCCGGCUUGGCCACGUGGAGCUGGCAGACUUGCUGCUAAGACGGGGUGCAUGUCCCGAUGCCCGCAAUGCCGAAGGCUGGACGCCGCUGCUGGCUGCCUGUGACACUCGCUGCCAGUCCCCCGCUGACGCUGAGGCCACCUCGGCCCGCUGUUUCCAGCUAUGCCACUUGCUGCUCUCUGCUGGAGCCGAUGCUGACGCUGUGGACAAAGACAGGCAGCGACCCCUGCACCUCGCCUGUCGCCGAGGCCACGCAGCAGUGGUGGAGCUGUUGCUGUCCUGUGGCAUUAGUGCCAAUGCCAUGGACUAUGGGGGACACACAGCCCUACACUGCGCUCUGCAGGGCCCGGCUGCGGCCCUGGCCCAGACCCCGGAACAUGUGGUGCGGGCUCUGCUCAAUCACGGCGCUGUCCGAGUGUGGCCGGGGGCCCUGCCCAAGGUGCUGGAGCGCUGGUGCUCAUCCCCGAGGACCAUCGAGGUCCUGAUGAACACCUACAGUGUGGUGAAGCUUCCCGAGGAGGCGGUGGGCCUGAUACCUCCUGAAAUGCUGCAGAAACACCAGCGCUUCUACUCCUCUCUUUUUGCCCUGGUGAGGCAGCCGAGAUCCCUGCAGCACCUGAGCCGCUGUGCACUGCGAGCGCACCUGGCGGACUGCCUGCCGCUGGCCCUGCCCCGCCUGCCCCUGCCACCCCGCCUGCUCCGCUACCUGCAGCUCGAGUUCGAGGACGUGCUGUACUAGGUGAGCGUGCUGGGCUCUGGGGAUGGCCAGGAGGCUGCAGAGGGUUGGGGCGGCCCUGACCUGAACCAGGUCCCUCAGGGUCAGUGAACACUCGGAAGCCACGCCUCUUAUUCCAGAUGUGCACCGCCUGUGGGGGCCUGAAGCAGAUGCCCCAGCCUGCAGCAGAUGGCCCAACUGCAGCAGGUCCAUCUCCGAGGGGGUGAUCUGAUCCCCACCUGAGGGAGGUGGACACAUCACAGAGUCCACGUGACCUCUGACGAAGACAGAGGAAGAGACAUCAUCUUCUUGGGGCUCCCCAGGGGUCCCCUCUAUCCUGUGCAAACCCUGUGUGCCCAUUAAAAACUCCGGGCUGUUUGGUGCCAACUCCAACAAGCCUUGCUCAGGCUGGCCCCCUGGCAGGGCAGUCAGGAUGGACACUUGCUGUGUUCCCACAUCCGCCCCAUGUGCCAGGUCCCGUACCU